AUGGCUAAAGCUCGAAGACCUUUAAUAAUAUGUUGUGCAGUCACACUUUGCAUUCUCAUAAUUAUCAUAGUCACUGCGAUCAUACUCUACUUCACUCUUUUCAAACCUAAACAACCCAAAAUCACCACUCAAAGCGUCACGUUAGACUCCUUCUCAACAAACUUGUUUGAUAUUGUGGAUACAAAUGUCAGUUUAGGGAUAACAGUCACCAUUGACAACCCCAAUUAUGGAGGGUUUAAGUAUGGGGACAGCAUGUCUUAUGUGACUUACCGUGGAGAUGUGGUGGCUGAGGCACCCGUUACAAAAGACACAAUCCCUGCUCGAGGGCAACAUAAUGUUAGCACAGUGGUUUUGGUGGUUGGGAAGAGCUUGGUUACGAAUCCAAACUUUGGGUUAGAUUUGUUAAAUAAUACUCUGAUUUUUACUUCAAAUACAACACUAACAGGGAAAGCAAUAGUUUUGAAGAUGUUCAAAAAGAAGGCUACAACUUACAGUAUUUGUGAUAUUACUCUUCAUAUUCUCGGACGAAACACAACUUGUGUUUGCACAUCGAAAGUUAAAUAUUAG